AUGAAGGCAAUUUUUGCUAGCAGAGCCAAGUUGGCAUGGCUUUGUGUUUUUUUGGUACUCAUAUUUUUGGGUGUUACUCAAACUUUGGGAUCAAGCCAUGGUAAGACCACAACAGAUAAAGGCAUUCAGACUGGUUCUGAUGCCUCAGAAAAUAGUGCAACUGAGGAGGCAGAUUCAAGUGAACCAGAUGUUGCUGAAAGUUCUCCAGAUGUUUCCAUCAAUUUGAUGGACCCACAUGGAGACUUCCUUCCACCAAAGGAUAUUAACCUGAAAGAACAAGCUAUUGGCACUGAUGAUGGUCAUAAAGUGAAGAUUCCAAAGGCACCAAAAUUCCAGGGCAAUAUAGAAGAGGUUUCUGAAGGGGAGGGUGUAAUAUCUCCAUUUGAUAAACAAACAAGCACUGAUGAUUUAGAUCUUGUUCAAUUUGAGAAGAUAAGUGAAGGACCAUUCGUCUACACGAUGCCAAUUGACUCCGAUAAAGCAAAACUCAGAGAUAUCAAGCAAUUACAAUACACUGUCGAACCGGAAGUAAGCCUUGAUGAAUAUGAGGUUGGAAAAGAUGUAGCUAAGGAUAGUGAGUUCUACUACGCACUUAAGGAGAAGGUUGCUGGUGAGAAAAAGGUGCUUUCUGAAGUACUCAAGGUAGUUUCCGAUGCGGAACAGUAUCGUAAAUCUAUUGACUCUAACAUUAAAUCUUUAAUUUUGUCGGUAAAUCAAAUUAAAGAUGCUAUUCAUCAGCACGAGGAACAACUUCUUAACAUGCAAAAAUCUGGAUCUGUUCCAAAUGUCUCCAUCGUCGCUCAGGAGGAUGAAAUUGCAAGGCUUAAGUUAAGAUACCAAGAAGCUUAUGGACAUUUUAUGUCAGAAAAGAGGAAAAGAGAUAGUGCCAUAGAUCUUUCUUUCAAGGCCAAAAAGCAACAGCUUAACAUUGAGGAAAGAAUUAAGCGUACUGAAGAAAAGAUCAAGCUUCUAGAAUCUCAGUUAGAUAUUCAUGAAGAUCCUAGUGUUCCAAUAGAACCACUGGAGAUACUUAAAGAACCAGAAGUUGAGGUUAAACAGAAAUACAUUCAGGACGAAUUAUCACUCGCACCAAGACGUUCUGAUAUUGAUCUUUCUCCAGCUAGUUAUGAUGUUUCUCAUGGUUUGGAAGCAGAAGAAUCCACUGGUGCUCCUGAUGAGUCUCCUCCUCCUCCAGAAGUUUCUGUAGAGAGACCAGUUAAAUCUCCAUCUAUGCCUCCACCUAUUUCUGAGAUUUCUCCUAUUAGUCCAAAGGAAAUCUCAUCCAUUCCAAUUACUAUUGAUACUAAUAUUAUUUCACCUAAAUCCAAGUUUCAGGUAUUUGAUAUUACCAAGUUCCUCAAGUCUGCUCUUUCUAGUUUUAUUUCAGAUCAGAAUCAACUUAAUCAAAGUGCUUCAGCUCUUGCGUCAAAGAUUAACAUAAUUAACUUUGCAAUGAGUUGUAUCUAUGAGGUUGAUUUCUUAUUUAAACAAAUUAAUCUUAGAAAUGCUUCAGUUUACAAUUCAUCUGAUGCAAUUAAGCUAUGUAGACAAGUAUGGAGAGAAUCAUUUACUGAAAUGGUCAGAUUCUAUAAGACAUUUACUCCAUCUACUUUAAGAGCAAUCUUCAAGUCAGCAAUUCAAGCAGAUCAAGAAGCAGUAUCAGUUCUUACAAAUUACUAUGUUGAGGAGCAAUUUGUUGCUAUUGUAAAACAUGUUGAUGUCUCAUCAUUAGCAUCCUGUAAAUCUGUUGUAACUCAGCUCUUUAAGUCUGCUGAUUUCCAACAGUCCCUUAUUAAUUCAAUCUGUCAAAAGUAUUUAUACUAUAUUCAAGAGUAUUCCAACCUUAUUUCUGACGGAGAACAAUUAAAGCUUUUUGCUGCAAAACUUGCUGUAUAUGGAUCAGCUCCAUAUUCUUAUGAUUCUGCUCCUUUUUCAAACACCAAUGAUUUGGAUCAGAUGAUCUCCGAGUUUGAUUUUAGUUCUCUUACUUCAUCUUCGUCAUUCUAUGCUCAAUGUCUCAAGAUAUUCUCUUCUAGUUAUGGCCCAGAAAGUAUCUAUGGUCUUAGUAAUAAUGCAGUGCAAAGUGUCUGUACUUCUGCUCAAAAUGCAUUCAAUAAGGCAAUGCCACAUGGAGUUGAGGUAGUCAUCUUCUCAUCUAAGCAGUUCCCAUUGGAAUUAAUUCCAUUAUUAUCAGGUUCCACAACAAUCUCAUUCUAUGGUUUGGCCCUAGCCGGUACUAGUGAGGUUCUUCUCCCAAAAGAUGUUUCUGUGAGUUCUCAUGGAUCAUUACCACCACAGAGUAUCUCUGAUCUUUCUCCAGCACUUCAAAUUUCUCUUCAAGCUCUUGAUGAGCAGUCAAAAACUCAAAGGUUUCUCCAGGAACAGCAGCAAAGUAUCAGCAGAAUCUUGGAGAAUCCACUUUCCUCAUCUGAUAUGCACAAAAUUGUUAAUGUUAUUCAACAACUUAACGAGAAACAAAAGGCUGUUGAGAGUGGAAUUAUAGCAGCUUCUCCAAUUCCACAGAUUCAAAGUGUUUUGAUUACUAUUCCUGAGUCAAAACCAACCUUGGAAGUUUCAGCAGGUGCUUCCAUUGAGGUUUCUGUUGCAGGUGUCUUUAUUGAAAAGAUUUCAAAUCAACAAAAUGUACUCUCUUCUCAGAUUGCUCAGUUGGAGAGUAUUCUCAGAAGUCCUUCUCUUUCCCAGGAAGAUAGAUCUCUCACAAAAGAGAUCCUCAAGGACACUGAAAGCAGAAGAUCUGAGUUGGCUUCACAGCUUGAAGAUGCAAUUUCUUCAAUUCCAGCUUCAGUACCAGCUUCAGUUCCAGGAAUUUCAGAUUCACCAUCAAUCUCUAUUUCUUCAAUUUCAAUUUCACCUUCAGCCUCUGACAAGACAGUCUUUGAUUUAUCAAUUUCUGAACUUAAAACUCUCUACAUGGAUAUCUCAAAUUCCAACAAGGAAUCCCAGAAAUUGGUUAAGAGUAUCAGCUUGUUUCCAAUUAGUGAUUCUUCUCUCAAGAAUGAUUAUGAAUCUCUUGCAAAAAAAACUCAGAAAGUGUCAUCCAAACUUUCCAAGGUAGAAAAGAAGCUCCAACAGCCAAACGUUUCAUUCAAAUCAAAGGAUGAAAUAGAAGAAUUCAAGAAGCUUCUUCAGAAGCUUCUUCAUGUUUCUCGUCAAUUGAAUGAGAAGCUUAAAUCAGUUGAUAGGAAUAUAUCCGGAAAUACUCAAUCAAUGAAUGCUACUCCAUCUCUUUCUCUCUCCCCUAUUCUCACAAAGCCAGCUCUUUCUCAGACACCACUUCCAAGCAGUACCUCAAAAAUAUCAUCUCUUCUUGUUAAGAUUCAACAUAUCCAGAGUCAGAUUGAGAAGUUUUUAUCUAUUCUUAAAGAAAGAAGACUUCAAAAGAAUGAGAGGAGAACUUUAAAGAAAUUUUUUGCUGAUGUUGAUCCAAAGCUCACUCUUCUCUAUAAGCUUUUGGUCAAGAUUGCCUCUUCUCAUAACCGUGCUCAAUUGGGAGAUUUUGCCUCAAGAUACCUUGAACAAAUCAUAGAUGUAUACAGUACACAAAAGAUUCUUCUGAAGAACUAUUUGAUUUUCUCAAAAAGACCAGAAAAUUCAGCUGAUGGUGUUAAGAUCAACGGUAUGAUAUCUGAUAUUGCUGAUAAGCAAUCUCAUAUUGAUAGAAUGUUUUCUGAGGGUUCUCCAAGAAAGUCGUCUACUCCACAAAAAGAAAGUUCUGUCUCCGAAUUCCAUUCCGUAUCCACCCCUACCUCCAGAAUUGUUGAACCUGAGCUUCUUAGCAAACCAGCUCCAGGAUAUCAGAAGCCAAAGAAGCUUGUUCUCCCAGCCAUUCCAUAUUUCAGAAGACCAGCAGUUCCAAAAACAAGAAUAAACUACUCCAACGUAAGAAGAGAUGAAAGAGGAGUUCCAAUAACCUCUGGUCCAGUUGUUGGUUCAAAGGUUGGAGAAAAGGCUCUAGAUUAUGUUGAGAAAGCUUUAGUUAGACAGAAGACUUUAGGUUUAUAUCCAGAAGGAUACGUAAUUCCAGGAAGUGCUGCAAAAAAACCAGUAAGACCUUCCAGAACUCAAAAGACUGAGGUUUCAAGUUCAAUUAAGCCUCAAAACAGAGAUACAUUUUGUAAUAAAUUGGGAUAUGCUUCAAUGACUACUAGAGGUAACCAAAUUGCUUACAGACUUUACCUAAAAGCAUCGAAGAUUCUUCCAAGAAGUUCAGUUUGUACAAUGGAUAGAAGAAAUGCAUGUGAUAUUUCAUCUUCGAUUCAGGAUACAAAAACAGCAAAAGAAUGUGGUAGAAUUCUUUACCCAACUUUACUUAGACUUGGUUACUCAGUUUCACAAAGUAGAGUAGAAAAGGUCUGUGCUGCUAUAGGUGUUGAUGGAAAGGUAGAAGGAUGCUCUUCUUUGAACAGUUACAGAACCUCUUCUUCUUAUAAUUUUUCUCAACUAGAAGAAGAUAGAGCCAGCAAAUUAUAUUCAUUGUUACAUAAGCUCCAAAUCUCUGGUACUCUUCCACAACCAGGAAUCUCGUUCCACUUAGUUUGCCAUGUUUUUGAAUCAAUGAAGGCUUCUCUUUUAAAGACUGAGUCUUUCUCAUCCUUCUUUGCGUUUGAAUGCUCAUCAGCAUUUGAACAACAAGCUUCUCAUGAUGGUAAUCCAUUCAACUCAAUCCAAAGUGCAGCAAUUCUUAAAGCCUGCGAAGAGUCGGGCUUUCCUUCUUCUAGUUAA